GAUUACAUUUCAAUUUUAAUUAUAAUAUGGUGUGAGUCGGGUGCCUGUUUUGACAUAUUUGAAAGGGAAGGAAUCUAUAGGUCUAUAUGGGGCGGAACAAAUGUUCAUAGAAGAAGUUAGACCGGUGUCAUGUAGAGGUUGGACCUGGACUAGCUAGGAGGCUAGUUUAUUUUUAAAUAGGGUGUUCAUGGGAGUAUAAAAUCUGCGGUGUUCUGUCAUAGAGCUAUAUCCAAACACCUUGCUUGUAUUCAGCUCUGACUUUUAUUUCUAAGAUGACGGCGUCGUUUGGUCGAAAGUUUGUGGUCGUUUUGACCUGAUGAAACACUUUUGCUAACGUUAGCCUGUUAGCAUCCUGGCUGUUUUGAAUGCUGUAGCACUGUGACCCCUCAUCGGAUUUCUACUUUACCUCAGCCGAUUUAACGAUUCUCUGACUAAAAGAAGGAUGUUCCUGGUGGGACUUACUGGAGGGAUCGCCUCGGGGAAAAGCACUGUGUCUUCAAUGCUGCGGGAGCUCGGCUGCCCCAUUAUAGAUGCGGAUGUGGUGGCCAGGAAAGUUGUGGAGCCGCACACUCCCGCCUAUUCCCGGAUUGUCUAUCACUUUGGGCCCGAGGUUCUGCUGGAAAACGGGGAGAUCGACCGGCAGAAGCUCGGCCAAAUCAUCUUUGCCCACGAAGAGAAGAGGAGGCUACUGAACUCCAUCACUCACCCUGAGAUCCACAAAGAGAUGCUCAAAGAGAUCAUAUUCUGCUUCCUCCGAGGGUACCGCUACGUGGUUCUGGAUGUGCCUCUCCUCUUUGAAACAAGACGUCUCACCAAGUUUUUGAACCACACCGUGGUAGUUUACUGCGACCCUGCAACUCAGCUCCAGCGCCUCAUGCAGAGGGACCACCUGACGCAGGAGCAGGCCCAGCAGCGUGUCGCAGCGCAGAUGCCGCUCAACGAGAAGCGGGGCUUGGCCAACCACGUCAUUGAAAACUCAGGCAGCCGAGAGGACACCCACAGGCAGGUCCUGCAGCUCCACACUAAACUAGAGGACUCCAUGGACUUCCUCUUAGUCAGAGUGAUCGCCAUGGCUGCCACUGCCGGUUUAGGUGGGAUACUGCUCUAUGCAGUCAAGCUGCUGUUGUCCUAACAAAGCAGAGGAAGUGAAGCUAUGAUUAGAAUCAGGCAAAGACAGGUUGAAAGUAACGAUGCGUUUUGCUCUAAAAUGUGUUGCACAGCACCUUCCACUAACAGCGCAGCAGUCGGGAGCUUAAUGUUGACACAAACCUAGAAAAACCCCACUGGCACAUUGAAUUUAGUGUGAAGAAUGCAGCUUCCUCAGAAACACUAAACGGGGAAAAUUAUGAAGUAGAUCAUCUUCAUCUUAACAUAAAAGUAAGAUUUCUCAUGAAUACAAAACAACCCAAACAGAUUUAUAUCUACUUUUUUAAAUAUAAAUGUUUAAUCUUUUUAAAUAGAACAAACUGAAGGAUUUUAUCAGCUGAAAAUAAGAAAUACCUUUUAAUAGCUGCUACCUUUUAAUUGAGAUUUUAAAUUCUCAUUUAUUUGGCACCAAAUCGCUUUAAAUGAUUUGCUAAAUGGUGCCUGCGCUAGUAACAACAUAUACGUUUCCUAAGAAUCAAAUUAAAGCGCUAAAAACUGGAGUAUACUGAACAUAUGAUGAUUGUAUAGUGAUGGUUUAUUUGUCCGAAUGUAAUCGACAAUCUGUGUUUUAUUCACUGAGAACAGUAGGAAUUAGGAUAUUUCAUAUUUAUCACUGUAUUUUCUUACACUUCAUGUGUUCUCUGGUCAAAUAAAGUAUGGUUUUAAUUGUCUUUUUGCACACUAGACUGUUUGUAACCUGAUAUGUCUAACUUAAAUAUAACUGACCAAACCACUGUAAAA